AUGAUGAGCCAUGAUGCGCUCAAACGGAGGGAUAGAAGGUCCGCGGAGCUUCUUUGUGGUUCAGUCACAGUGACCUCCAUCAAGUCAGAGGAGACGCACAGAGACAUGAGAACUGCGCCUUUCAAGGUUAAAGUCAGUGUGUGGAGAGUUACGUUGACUGUGUGCUUGAUUGUUGGAAAUGGUGAGGCGUCUCUGUGCCUCGCCUUCUUUGACGAACUGCCCAAAGGUCCAGUGUCGCGCUCUUCCUUCGUUAACAGUUUGCAGAUUGCGUGUUUUAUUUUGAAAUCUCCAGUCGACUCGGUGGUGGUCGUGGUGUUACAUCGGGCUUCACGCUCCUCGCCGCUCAGAGCUCGCUCCGCUCGUGGAGACUGCAGGAUGCCAAAAGGAGCACUCCGACCCACGGCGCCCGUUUUUCUGUCUCCCGGAGUCGUCUCUCUGCCACAGCGACUCUGA